CCGAAGCAACAAGUACAACUUUACUGCUGUUGACAAAGACGCGUUGGGACAAUUACGUAAAUUGACCCACAAACUCUACCCGUGCGGAUGGGCCCCACACGCAGACAGAUAUUACUUGGGGAACAAGCAGUCGCUUUAAAAAUCGGCUUCUUCCUCUGCCACCAUCGCCGAAAUUCCCCUCUUCAUAUUUAUCCUCUGCCUCACACUCACACUACUUUCAAUUUUUUUUCUGAACCCAAAACCAAAAGUUAACUUCGUGGCUAAGAAAGCAACGAAAGAAAGCCAAAACUCCACGUACACACAUCUCUCUGAAUUCCCCACCACUCACCACAACAUUCAUCAGAAACGUCAUCAAUUUGGAUAUUUCCUUUCCUUUCACAGAUGCCUAUAAAAACCCCUCUCUUUAGGUUUCUUAUCCUUUUACACCCCUUCUCAAACUCUUCUCUACAACUACAACAGGAAAGAAAAGCCUUCGUUCAAUCGAGAGUUUGAAGAAGCGCAUGACGUCUGAGAUUUCUAGUGGGGAAAAGACAUCGAGGAAGAGGAGAAAUGGGUAUGUUUCUGUAGUGGACACUCUGAACGAGUGGAAGAAGUUGAACAAUCAGUUGGAUUUGGCUAAAGAUGGAGAAGAAGAGGUUCGUAGAGUACCAGCCAAGGGCUCUAAGAAGGGCUGUAUGAGAGGGAAAGGGGGCCCUCAGAAUUCUGACUGCAACUUCAGAGGCGUUAGACAGAGGACUUGGGGGAAGUGGGUGGCUGAAAUUCGAGAGCCAAUUGCGAGCAAUAGCCGUACCAAGAAGAAAGGCAGUCGCCUAUGGCUUGGAACUUUUGCCACUGCUCAACAGGCUGCUCUUGCUUAUGAUGAAGCUGCUAAAGCCAUGUAUGGCCCUUUUGCUCGCCUCAACUUCCCUGAUUCUUCUUCUCCUCCUCCUCCUCUGAGACCAGCAAUGGCAGAGCAUUCUGAUGCAAUAUCACCGGUUGCUUCUUACUCUUCUUCUUCUUCCUCCAAUGGAUUGUCUACACAGAGAUUCAACUGUUAUUCAAUGGAGAAGAAAGAGAAUUGUGGGUACGACUCAAUGGAGGAACUGAAGGUGACAGUUGGUGAAUCUUUGGAAAGAAGCAGAGUAGAUUAUUCAGAUAUGGCCACUCAUUCCCAAGCUAAACCCAGUUCUAACUUUGGAGACAGAUUAGCAGAAGAGAAUAUCAAGGAAGAAUUAGAAGAUGUCUUGAGAAGAUGUGAUCUUAGUACAGAUGGCCAUGAUCGUAAUGACCCUUCUGAGCUUAGUUUUAAACUCGAGGAUAUGGAAACAAAUGGCUGCAAUGGCUUCAACGAUUGCAAUCAAUAUGUGAUUCAGAAGCUUCAGAGUGAUCCAUAUGCAAGAACUUAUUGGAUUCCGACGGACUGGGAGCCAGGCGAGCCCGUCGAUCUCGGGGUACCGACAGUGGUCGGAAGAAAACCAACAGAGAUGAAUAGCUAUGGAGACUGUAUGGCCUUCAACCAUGAUCUGAGUUUCUUGCUGGAUAGGCAAAAACACAUGGGAGUUGGAGACCUGAGAGUUGAUGAUAGUAACUUCGACUUUCUGAGACCUGAUUAUGAUUUUGGGUUGGAGGAGGAAAGAAGGUGGCUUGAUUCAUGCUUCCAUGGAUGAAGAUAGAAGAUAGAAGAUAGAAGAUUAGGCAGGGUAUUUUUUGUACCAAUUUGAUUCCAUUUUGAGGGUACAUACUCUUCUUUUUCUUGUUUCCCUUCGCCUUCUUGCAGGCGCCUGUUCUUUUGUGCACCUUUAGUAAUAAGAGAUUUAGAAUGAUUUAUCAA